AGCAUACCAAAACUUAGCAUUGUUAGUUUGUGAACUGCUCUGAAAACAAUGAAGAAGGCCAUUCUAAUAGCCUUUCUCAUUUUGGUUUCCACAAUAUUUCUCUCCCUUCCCUCUUCCACUCAUGCUCGUCUAUUACUCGAAACGACGUCGUCGGUGACCUCGCCCUCAAAGGAUCCGAAUAAGCCUGCAGUCAAAUGUCCUCCUGGUUCUCCUUAUUCAUCUUGCAUUGGAAAGUCACGUCCAAGUCCUGCUCCGUGCUCCGACUAUACCCGAAACUGCAAGAAGUAGCAAAAGAAAUAAAAAUAAUAUAUAACAUAUAGUUGUCUUCUUGUGUGUGGUGUGAGAAGCUACUUCAGUAAUAUUAAAUAAACAGGCUUGUUUUUAUGAAAUUAAUGAAAUCUUGUAACGUUGUUUCUGUGUUUUUUUGCAUUUGUAUGUAGGAGAAUAAUAAUGUCUCCCUCUUCUCUUCCUACGUGCCUGCAGAUUUUAUGGGAAGUUGAGGUAAUUAUAAGGUGUUGCUAAUGAAUUGUGUGUAUGUAUUGUAGUUUUGAUGAUGGUGUUUGUAUUUUGAAUGAUGAAGGGUUCCUCGUGACUUAUUUGCUUACAA